AUAUAGCACUAAGCCACCAGAUCAAUUGAAAGUCAUGUCGACCAAAACUAUUGCAACAGAAGGGACUUGUGUUUCCGCUGCAUCUUCAUCAACUUGUGGAGUCAGUGUUAACUCACCGACGGCUAGACGAUUGCGUACUAGAACGUCGACAGGAGGAAAUAUGGGGAGUGGUGAUUCAGGAAAAAAAAGCGGCGGUUGCUCUAAUGCUCCCGAUCGCAACACUAAUUCCUCAGAUUUCAAUAAAAAUGAUUGUGCAACCAAUAGUACCGGCACUGGAGCUUCAGCCACAGGGAUUAAUUAUAGUGAAGAUAAACAAAGUACAAACCACUGCAGCGGUACAAAUUCCAUAACUGGAUCAGCCAAAAAGUACCAUAAUAGUUGUCCUCAUCCAAUGAAUGAUCGCGGUCGUGGGAAACCGGCAGCACAUCUGCAGCCUCACAGCUCCAGUACUUUUAACUUGAAUAAGACAGAAGAAUUCCACUUCGAUACUCCGGUUGAGUGUCCCGUUUUUCGUCCCACGCAAGAAGAGUUCAAGAACCCGCUGGCUUAUAUCAAUAAGAUUCGACCCAUUGCUGAGAAAUGUGGUAUUGCAAAAAUCUUGCCACCAGAAUCAUGGUCUCCACCAUUCGCCGUGGACGUAGACAAGUUGAAGUUCACUCCUCGAGUGCAACGCCUUAACGAAUUGGAAGCAAAGACUCGAGUGAAGCUUAAUUUUUUAGAUCAAAUUGCCAAAUUUUGGGAACUUCAGGGUUCUUCACUUAAAAUACCAAUGGUUGAACGCAAAGCUUUAGACUUGUAUACCUUACAUCGCAUUGUACAAGAAGAGGGUGGGAUGGAACAGACAACUAAAGAACGCAAAUGGGCAAAAGUAGCAAAUCGUAUGUCGUAUCCAUCGAGCAAAAGCGUCGGUGCAACAUUGAAGGCUCAUUAUGAACGCAUACUUCAUCCAUUUGAGGUUUAUACAUCAGGUAAAGUACUAGGAGGUGGAAUUGGAGCAGCUACUAGCGUCGAUGCGGUAAAGCUCGAAGACGGCACUGAUUAUAAAGCUCACGAAAUACCAACACGUCAACAGAUCGCACCCCCAAAUGAAAAUAAUGCCCGACGCUCUAAGCGCUUUGCUAAUUCAAGUGCCAAUUGCGGUUUGGGAAGUGCAUCGCGUAACAAUAUGAAGGUCGAAACGAAAGAGGAUUUUAAUCGGGAUCUAUUACAUUGCUUUAAUGCUGCCGGCACUUCUACCUCAGUAAUUGAGGUACGAAGUCAAGCUUCUGGAACAGCUUUAGCAAAUGCAACGGCACAAAAAAAAGCACCUGAUCCUCAAAUAGUUGAUCCCUUAUUGAAAUAUAUUUGCCACAUAUGUAAUCGCGGCGACGUAGAGGAAUCAAUGCUUCUCUGUGACGGGUGUGAUGACAGUUAUCACACAUUUUGUUUGUUGCCACCUUUAUCCAGCAUUCCAAAAGGUGAAUGGCUUUGUCCUCGUUGCGUUGUUGAGGAAGUGAGCAAACCUACUGAAGCAUUUGGUUUCGAGCAAGCGGAACGAGAGUAUACAUUACAACAAUUUGGACAAAUGGCAGACCAAUUUAAAAUGGAUUAUUUCCGCAAACCCGUUCAUUUAGUACCAACUCAUUUAGUUGAGCGCGAAUUUUGGCGCAUUGUUUCCUCAAUCGAUGAAGAUGUAACUGUAGAAUAUGGAGCCGAUUUACACACAAUGGAUCAUGGUUCGGGUUUUCCUACGAAAAGCUCUUUAUAUUUAUUGCCUGGUGACCAGGAGUAUGCUGAAUCUAGUUGGAACUUGAAUAAUUUGCCUUUACUAGAAGACUCCAUCUUGGGACAUAUCAAUGCAGACAUUAGUGGUAUGAAUGCACCAUGGAUGUAUGUAGGAAUGUGCUUCGCAGCUUUUUGUUGGCACAACGAAGAUCAUUGGAGUUAUUCCAUCAACUAUUUGCACUGGGGAGAACCAAAAACUUGGUACGGUGUACCUGGCUUUUGGGCUGAACAAUUUGAGGAGACAAUGAAACAGGCAGCUCCUGAACUGUUUGCUUCGCAACCGGAUUUGCUGCAUCAGUUAGUCACCAUAAUGAAUCCAAACAUUUUAAUGAAUAACGGAGUACCUGUUUAUCGAACAGAUCAAAAUGCCGGAGAAUUUGUUAUAACAUUCCCCCGAGCAUACCAUGCUGGCUUCAAUCAAGGAUAUAACUUUGCUGAGGCUGUCAAUUUUGCGCCUGCUGACUGGCUGAAGAUGGGACGCGAGUGUGUUAAUCAUUAUUCAAUGUUGCGUCGUUUUUGCGUUUUCUCUCACGAUGAACUUGUAUGUAAGAUGGCAUUAGAACCUGCCAAAUUGACAUUUGGAAUUGCAACAGCUUGUUAUAUUGAUAUGGCAGAAAUGGUAGACUCGGAAAAGAAACUCCGCAAAUCUUUACUUGAGUGGGGAGUAACGCGUGCCGAGCGAAAAGCAUUCGAACUAGUGCCAGACGACGAACGGCAUUGCCAUGAAUGCAAUACUACUUGCUUUUUAUCAGCUGUCGCCUGUGAAUGUACUAAGUCAAUAGUUUGUCUUCGCCAUUACACAGUUCUUUGCGACUGUUUGCCAGAAAAGCACACUCUUCUUUACAGAUACACACUCGACGAAAUGCCAUUGAUGCUGCAAAAACUUAAAGCCAAAGCGCAAAGCUUUGAACGGUGGUUGUCUAGAUGUCGCGACAUUGUUGACGCAAACACUCCUACUUCCGUACCAUUAACUGAAUUACAGGAGUUGUGCAAAGAAGCUGAACUUAAAAAAUUCCCAUCAUCACUACUAAUCGAUCGAUUAAAUUCAGCCAUAGUUGAAGCCGAGAAAUGUGUGACCGUCAUUCAACAAUUAGGAAUAAACAAGAUUAUUUCAAUGUUUUCCCAAAAUGAUUCCUAAAAUGGACAUUAAGGAACGUAUCCGAUAUGAACAUCCCAUCAGCAGCCACCGUAUAACAGAAGAUUCAACGAAAUGUAUACUGCCACCCAAGAACAAAGAGAAGGUAAACCACAGUGAAAUAUCAUCUACAACUGUGCGAAUCCAAACCAGACGCCAUACAAUGCUAACAAGUACAGAAGGCUUUGGAGCAGCCGCACAAAAGACUUGCACAAGUGCAACGGACCGGCAUGUUCAAGUGACUUUCGCCCACUUGAAGAAUGCAUCCCUGCGCAUCUUCAAUUACACAAGCAUCCCUGUGGAAAUGGUCAAGAAAUGCAUCUCUGCUUUCAUUUCCAAUUGGAACUUCCAAUGAUGGCUAUAAAUGCGCUACGCUCAUUCGUAUCCGGCCUUCUUAUCUUCAUAGCAGCCAACCUUAUAUCAUCGAUCAUCGUGACGGAGCCACCAAAUUCAUCCAAUGUGGGAAACAUAACCAUCACCGAUCAUCUUUAUCAUUUCGAAAAUAUACAUAAGUAUCUCCAUUAAAUUCACUCAAACUGAAUUCCCAUAUGUAUCUACAUACAUUCAUUCAAUUUUCAUUGUUAAUUUAAUCAUUCCCUUGAUACUCAAUAUUAUAAAGUUGAGAAUCAAGGGAAUGACUAAACUA